CCCGUACUUGUCAAAGCUGAAUUGUCUGGAGCCUGAUCAUGAGUCAAAUUUUCAUACUAGUAUGAGACAGUUACCUCUGCGGGCGACUUGGCCCGACCACGAGAUCCGGGCAACCCUAACUAGGAACAUGGGAAAUUCACCCGAUGGUCCAAGAAAGCCACACUGGUCAGCCAUCCAACAAGGACACAAUUUAGUGACGAGCCGAAAUCCCACAAUAGAGUUCGUUGCAACCACAUCCAUCGAGCCGCGACAUUAAACACCCCAGUCAACUCCUGCGGAGUUCGAGCCGUCCAUCUUGGCUC